AUUGCAGCUCGGCCCGCCUUGUGAAGGUGUGGUGUGGGUAGUGGGGGCCGGGUGGGCAACACUUGACUUUAUAAAUACAGUACCGCCAUCCUCCCACGUUCACUUGUCACGAUUCGCAUUGGAAAAAGAUGAGGAGCAUCGCGUGGAAUCUCGUGUUUUUAUCCAUUUCCCUUGUCGACGCGGCAGGAGUUCCAAAGCGAUGCUCGGCGCCGCCGCAGCUUCCGUCCACCAGAUUGGACAGCAAUUUGGACCCCGGACGGCAAUUCGACAGCGGGGAGACGGUUGACUACAAAUGCGGCGAGGACUUGUUCGCAUACGGCGGCAGCCCCACCGUGACGUGCGUCAAUGGAACUUGGACCCCGCUGACGCUCAAGUGCGAAAGUGGCUGCAUCGCCCCAGACAAGGUGGGCGAGUCUCACGCCGGCCUGGCCGACGACUUCAUCGGGAGGAGGACUUUCGGCCACGGGGAGCGAGUCCGCUACGCCUGUGACGUGGGCUACACUCCAGCAGGCGGCAGCAGAUAUCGCUGGUGUAGCGGAGGACGAUGGACGCAGCUCGUGCUCAAGUGCGAACGGAAAACGUGCGGCUCUGCUGGGGAGAUUCAAAAUGGCCGCUUCACGUAUACCGGAGCGGAGUUCGGCGACACUGCCACAGCGCACUGCGAUGACGGGUUUCAGCUCGUGGGGCGCCCAACCAGGAACUGCAUGAGUUUCGGCUGGGACGGCCACGCCCCCUAUUGCGAAGUGGUGGUGUGCGACGAACCUCCCGAGGUGGCCAACGCCGAGCGAAAAGACAGAGAGGACGCGCCGUACAAGUACAUGAGCGUGGUUGCGUACGAGUGCCGUGCGGGGACCCUGCAGGGGAACAAGGCGGUCCGGUGCACGGAGGACGGCACGUGGAGCGCGCCCCCCACGUGCAAAGAAAUCACAUGUCCGUCCCCAAAAGUGCCCAACGCCUCCUGGACGCGGGCUCACAUCAAACUUUAUCGACACCGAGACGCCAUCACCUUCGGCUGUCGCCGCGGUUACGCAGUAGCGGGCGCCGGCACGGUCACCUGCGGCGCCGACGGUCGGUGGCUCCCCGGCCUCCCCAAAUGCAGACGCGUGUCACGGCACACCAAAUGGCAAAGCCGAUACGUCGUCUGACGCGGGAACGCGGCGUUAAUAAGUCCGGGAAGCAGAACAGAAGGUGGAAAAAUGGAAAAUUUUUGGACCUUAAUACUUCGCUGUCACGGUUACAACAGCGUCACACGCAUUAAACAUGUUUUUAAAAUGAA